AUGCAUCCCACUUCUUUCGACGAGAAGUUCAACGCCUUCCCCUCUGCACCCCUCCCGUCAGCCUCGCUCUCGCUCGCCACCGCACCCCAGUCUUCUUCAAGCUACUCCUCGAUCACCAGCGCUGAUCUCGACCUCGACACCUGGUACUCGGACCAAGAGGUCGCUUCCAUGCCCCAGUCGCCACAGUAUCCUGCUGGCGUCGUUGCGGGGCAGCAGCAAUACCUCACUGCGCAAUGCUUCCUGCCCGGUCUCGCCACUUCGCCACACCCAUACGAUCCCGUAGCGCAGACCCCUCGCUCUUUCAUCUCUCCUUCCUCGUCGCAUACGGCCACGGCACACCCGUGGCCAACGAUGCCCUCAUACACCCACAACCCCUUCGCUGGAAGCUCGAGUACCACCAUCGAACCUACGCACCCCUCGAUGCAGCAACAGGCCGCCUCGGGAUCCUCGCUGAACAACCGGACUCAUCUGGGUGUGUUCCACGCUGGCACGGGCCCCUCCACGGCUCUGAGCGGGCGCCGAGAGCGUAUCGCGCGCGCGUGCAACAAGUGCAGGUUCAGGAAAAUCAGGUGCACCGGAGGUCGUGAGUGCGACUAUUGCGAGGUCCGCGGACUUGACUGCAUCUACGAAGCACCCCGGCCGCGCGGCCCGAACAAGGCGAAUCGCGGUGCCCACAGCGCCCGCAGGCACCACCACAAAGCCCGCCCCCCGCCAUCCGCCAGGUCCGAUUCGAGGAGCAGCGACGGGACGUCCGCAGGGAGCUUCUCCUGUAGUCCCCCGCAGGGCGAGCCCACCUCCCUCACGUGGAGUCAGCCGCCGUCGCCCGCGCGCUCCUCUCAGUCGCCGGCCGCGAUGCCGCCGCCGUUCGCAGUGGAUUUCCAAGCACACUCGGGCCCGUCUUCGUCGGGCGGCACCCCCGCGCCUUCCCCGCCGUCGUUCGACCCGUCGGGGCUCGUCCUCGACCAGGCCGCGCGCCGUCGCGCUGCCACGUUUGCCGCGCUUCAGAGCGCACCGCGUCCGGCCUCAAACGUCGGUCAUUCCGCCCCCACGCUCCCGGCGCACGACUUCUACCCCGCACACUCCCUGGACGAAGUGCACUCGGCGUACAUGCAGGCCAACAUGCGCAACUGCGCCUCCUUCGCGAUGAUCCCGGGCGAGAUCACCGAGAGCUACGCGUUUAUGCCUGCCAACGCAGACCCGUACGCCCACGCCGCGCCUCCACACGAAUACGCCCAGGCGGCCGCUCAGUAUGCCAUGGCUCAAACGCCGGCGCACUAUCCCACCGACCCGUCCACUGCGUCGUACCUUCAGGCGCAGGUCCCGUCGCACAUGCCCACGCCCGUCUCCGUGCCCGUAUCCAUGCACACGUCGUCCUCCGGCUCUCACUUCCAGCUCAGCGCGCUCACAGGCUCCCGCUCCCACUCGCACGAGCACCCGGCACAGCUCGCCCAGAGCGGCGUCUACGACGGCGCGGUCCAGGAGCAGGCCGAAACGUCGGAGUUCCAGCCGUACAUGCCUGCGUUCGCACCGGGGCCGUAUCAGCACGCGUCGUCGUCGUCGUUCUCGGACCUCCCGCCGCCGCGGGCGAUAUCGACCGCGCCCUGGCCGAGCUCAUUCUUCGAGGACGGGCGCGACCGGUCGGAUGUGGUCGUCUCCUCGAGCUCGAGCUUGGUGCCUGGGGAUGCGCAUUGGGCUCUCGACAUGGGCCCGUCUCAGUUCGCGAUGGGGUCCGAGAUGGGCGCGUACGCGCCGGAGCCGUCGAUGUCGUCUGGUGCGAUUUCAGGUCCCUUUCUUGUGUUCUCUGGUUCCUGUAUCUCCCCCAGGGUUAUCGCAGUGUUCGUAUUCCGGAAUAGCACAGUCGUACGCAAAGACCAUAGUGAUCGCGCCGCCUCCCCGAGCGUCAACGUAUCUGUCAAAAGGUUGGCAACAGGAGUCUCCGCGGCUCCUUGGAGGCCGUCUUUCGCGGAGGGGAGUCCGCGGCCCCCCGGUGUGCUGAUGGGUGUCUGCUCCGCUUCGGUCUCGAUCGAGCUUCGCUCCGCGAUCUAA